AUGUCGUUUCAAGCGGCUUUAUUACAAAGAUGGAAUUUACCAGAAUUUAUGUGUGCAUUUUGCCCUUUCAUUCACGUUCUUAGUGUUAACGUUUCCGUAUUUACAUUAACGGCAAUUGCUGUUGAUAGGCACAGAGCCAUUUUAUAUCCUCUAAGUCAAAGAAUAUCAAAAACGACAGCAAAAAUGAUAAUAAGUGGAAUUUGGGUUAUAUCCGGUUUACUAGCAGCUCCAAUGGCGAUUGCAUUAAGAGUGGGUAUAGUCGAAGAUGCUCCGGGUCAUUUAAAACCAUUUUGUUAUAAUAUUCAUCUCGAGGAUAUAGUAAUGUUAGUGUACAGAUUAGUUUUAGUUACAUUACAGUAUUUAAUACCAUUAACCGUUAUAACAUGGGCCUAUGCAAGAAUGGCACAUACACUUUGGGGUAAUAAAGCUCCCGGUAACGCUCAGGAUGCCAGGGAUGCUAAUUUAAUGAAAAAUAAACAAAGAGUUAUUAAAAUGUUGGUUAUUGUUGUCGCACUUUUUGGAAUAUGUUGGCUUCCAUUACAAGUCUACAAUAUACUUCAAGAUAUAUUUCCACAAAUAAACGAAUAUAAAUACAUAAACAUAAUUUGGUUUUGUUUCGAUUGGUUGGCAAUGAGUAAUUCAUGUUACAAUCCAUUUAUUUACAAUUAUUAUAACGAAAAAUUUCGACGGGAAUUCAGAUUCAGACUGCAAAUAUGUAGUUAUAGAGUUAAUUCUAGUUUUAGAAGGAAUAAAAAUAGUCCGGAUAAUUUUAAUAAAAGUUUAAGAAUGAGUAGAUAUUAUGGAAUGAAAACUAAAUCUUCUCCAGGACAAAGUAAGUUUUUUUCUUUUUUAUUAAUAUAUUAA